CUUCAAAAUUGAAAAUCAUGCAUUAUGUGGCACAAAAUACUAGAAAUGAUUUAUCAUUAUUGACCUUAAAAUGAAUAAUUCUGAUUUGUCAAUUGAAGGCAAAAGCAUUUGUGAGGACACCGAUAAUUUAAUUAAAGAUUCAACAGUUAACAUCGAAAAUGAUCAGGAAUUUUUGGGCUGGACACCAUACGAGAAAUUUAAACAAAACAUAAAAAAAUCUUGCAAACUAAUGAUAAGGUUAUAUCUGUCGGUUAAGAGACGGAUAUUUGGGCGGAAAAAGCUGGGAAGAGUAAUUUUAAUAGUGAUAUUGUUAGUGACGCUGUGGAAGUUGUGGAGUAGUAUAACCAGCUUGCCACCAAACGACGUAUCGCAACGAAAGAUAUUUAUUGCAGCAAAUUUUUAUAACAAUGAAGAUAUAUUACCAAAUUUUAGUGAGCAACUGUUGGAACUUGUGCAAAUAUUGGGACCAGAGAACGUUUACAUAUCGAUAUUCGAGAAUGGCAGUAAAGACAACACCAAACUCUUUCUCCAAACCCUUCAAUCCACUCUUAAUAGUAUAGACAUAGCAAACACCAUAAUUAUAGACGACACGCCAAAAUAUUAUAUUGGUAGAAGAAUACCUUAUUUAGCCAACCUACGAAAUAGAGUGCUAGAACCAUUACUUGAACAAGCAGAGAAAGAAAAUCAUUUUGAUAAAGUUCUAUUUUUCAAUGAUAUAAUAUGGAAAGUAUCAGACAUUUUAACAUUAUUGAGGACAAAUGGAUAUAGUUAUGAUGCUGCAUGUGCCAUGGAUUUCUACUGGACCUUUUAUGACACUUUUGCCACAAGAGAACUACCAUCACCUAACAUAAGCUAUCCCUGGCCUCCUACCCCCUAUUAUCCCUUCUUCUAUGACACAACAGCCCAACAACAAAUAUACAACGGCGAAUCAGUGCAGGUAUUCAGUUGCUGGAAUGGUGUGGUGAUUAUGAAUGCCGAACCAUUUGUGAAACAUGGUAUAAAGUUUCGGGCACUAAUGCCGCAAGAUAAGGAAUUACCUUUUGAGGCGAGCGAGUGUUGUUUAAUUUUUAGUGAUUUCAAAAAGGUUGGGUAUGAUAAAGUGUUUAUCAAUCCAAAUGUGAAAUCCUUCUUUGUUUUGCGAUAUCAUUCAGGUUUCCUACGUAUACCGUUUUUACCUUUGGUCCAACUACUUUCUUUCACUUAUCGACCGAUUUUUUUUUCGAUACUUCAACCAUCCAACACCGCCAUCAUUAUUCUCUUAUGAAGGGAUACGAAUGCAAGAGGUGAUGAAGGAUGCAGUGAGAUUCAAUGUGACGAAAUUGGAUAGAAUUUGCGUGCAAUAAGAAGUAUUCUGCGGUUGAGGGUGAUUUUAGUAAUAUAUAUUAAGAAAUGUUAAUAUUAAGCCCAUGUAUAGCGAUAUUAUAAACAAGAUCACGAGUCACGUGAAUGUGAC